CGGCAACGCUGCGUUUGUGAAAUAUUUGACAGAUGUCACUUUCUGAAAACUUUCAUUUUCAUUUAUAAGUAUGGUUAAUGUAAACUGAAAGAAAAACUGGAUGUUUCCAAAAGAAAAUAAAGCAAAAUGAUACUUAAAUGACAAAUAUAUAAAUAAAAGUAUUAAAAUGGCAGAACAAAAUCUAACUCAAACACCUUUCGAAAAUCCUAUGUUUAGGGAGAUACACAAAAACACUUGGCUUAAAAGAAUCUCUCCUGCCAAUUCAAAAAAGAAAAAAGAAAAAUUUUGGGUUGUAUUUUGUGUCCAUGAUGACACUAACGCCUUUCUGGAAACAUAUGUAGACAAUAAACUGGCAGAUUUUCACAAACCCGACUGGUUUGUAUCUCUUAAUGACGUCCAACACAUAUCACCCACCAUAUGUGCCACCGAGCAAGAGUAUGAGUUCGUUCUAACCUUAACAAACCAAGUAAUACGAUUGGCAGCUCCUACAUGGGACCAAAUGUUAGACUGGGUAGAAGCUUUAAAAAACAAACUACACGAACUAAGAAUAUUGAGUCCUAAAGAGAACUUAUACACCAAGUUACCUGACAGAUGUGUCCCGUUGUUACCUACGAGGGACCCCACGUCCCCCCUACCGCCCACCCCUGCUGUACCUCCCGAAAUAAUUCCAGGAGUUGAGAUCGUCAACUCCAUUAGUCAAACUAGAAGUAGAAUCCAGCUUAGCGAGUCUCAAGAAGAGAGUAGCGUCUUCCAAUUUCAAAACUUGAAUGCUGUCCUGGAUGAGCCUGCUCCCUCUUCAGCUCCAUCGAAUUGGCCUUCAGGCCACUACGAAUUUUUGUUUCAACAAGAACUGCAACAAACACCCGGUCCGUCCAAUAGAGAGCACUUAGAUAACUUAGAUGUUAGGAAUAAUAGUAUUAGAGUAUUAGAAAGGUCGACGAGUUGUUCUCCAAGAAUAUUACAAGCACCACCCCAACCCUACAAGACUUUGAGGGAACAACAAGUAUUACAACUGCAGAAAGAAAUCAAGCACCCAGCUGGUGUCAGGUUACAGCUGAGAAGAAAAGAUUGCAUCAGUUCCAUUGGCUUUGUGGAUGCUUUUGAUGCUGUAUGGAUAUGUGGUUGGAAGCAAAAGGAGCAUCCAAUGUUAUACAGCGCGUUGCACAUCGGCGACCGGCUGGUCAGUAUAGAAGGGAUUUUGAUAAGGAGCGCUUCGGAAGCGCAUAGAAUUCUUCAGUCGCCAGUUACGUCGCAUCUGUACGUUAACAUAAUCGUUAAACGUAUACCGUACGGGCAAGUGCUGGUCAUUCACCGCGAAAGCGAAGGGCAAAACUUGGGAAUCGUUCAGGAGAAUAACACGGCGGUCAUCGAGACCGUGGAAAGCGAUAGUUUGGCGGCCCGCGCCGGUCUGACAUGCAAAGCUAAAACCUGCGACGGUACUUCAUUUACCAACUGGGUUUUAACGGAGAUUAACGGUCGCCCGUUAAACUUGUUCUUCAAGAAAAAUCAGGUUCGUGACCGACUUAACGCUGUAGGAAGAGACAUAUCAAUUCUAGUACAACCUCAUGAUCUGGUUAAGCAACUUAAAAAGCAGAUGAAGUGUUUGAAAAACUACAAAGACUAUAUUUUGCAAUGAUUUUGUGCAAUAUUCAUCUCCCUUCAAACGGUUAUUGGAGGAUAAUGUCUGAAUUCUGAACUGUGAUUAUUUUAUACACCUUUGUGUAGCUAAAUAAACUACUAAAACACUACGUCGUUUUUUAUUCCCGUUAUUUAUUAA